CAAAGGCGAGAACAUCUCAUCAAUCGCCAUUCCUUUGCAGAUUGAUGCUGUCGACCUCGAGGCAUCAGCUCGAGUACAACCUCUCCCAUCCUGUGCCCUGGCCUUAGGCCGACUCUGACAAUGCCCGCUUCGUUCGUACGAGCCGCAGGCUGGCGUUCCGCCAAACGACUUUGCCUUCGACCCAGCUUUCAGACUGUCUCGAGACAAUCGCCUUUCCUUUCGCGCGCAGUGUCUACCACGCCGAUUUGCAAAGCCACACAUCAGGCUCCUGGCAACCCUGACACCGGAGGCGGUCCUUUGGGCACGACAAUCAGCCCGACAGACUCUACUUUCACUACCCAACUCGACUCCCAAUUGGUCAACAAGACACCCGAUACAAAUUUGGGCGAUGACUACGAGUCGAGAAAGAUCCGUCACUACACGGUCAACUUCGGUCCUCAGCACCCUGCGGCACACGGUGUGUUGCGGCUCAUUCUUGAACUGAAUGGAGAAGAGAUCAUUCGAGCAGAUCCCCAUGUCGGACUGCUGCACCGUGGCACCGAAAAAUUGAUCGAGUACAAGACAUAUCUGCAAGCCCUGCCCUACUUUGACCGCUUUGAUUACGUCUCCAUGAUGACGAACGAGCAAGUCUUCUGUCUGGCAACCGAAAAACUCCUCAACAUUGAUAUUCCAGAACGGGCCAAAUGGAUCCGUACUCUAUUUGGAGAAAUCACCAGAGUUUUGAACCACUUGAUGUCGAUUCUCUCGCACGCUAUGGAUGUAGGAGCCUUGACUCCUUUCUUGUGGGGUUUCGAGGAACGUGAGAAGCUCAUGGAAUUCUACGAACGUGUUUCCGGUGCGCGGUUACAUGCGGCCUAUGUCCGUCCCGGCGGUGUCAAGGCUGAUCUACCUCUUGGCUUGCUGGAUGAUAUUUAUGCCUGGGCGACCCAGUUCGGCGAUCGCAUCGACGAGACCGAAGAACUUCUUACUGACAACCGGAUAUGGAUCGGUCGGACCAAGGGUAUCGGUGUCGUGUCUGCGGCAGAUGCGCUCAACUACGGCUUCUCAGGAGUCAUGCUACGUGGUUCAGGAGUACCGUGGGAUAUCCGAAAGAGUCAGCCGUAUGAUGCAUACGACAAAGUGGAAUUCGACGUUCCAGUCGGCCAGAAUGGUGACUGCUAUGACCGAUACUUGUGCCGAAUGGAGGAAUUCAGACAGUCCCUGCGUAUUAUCCACCAGUGCUUGAACAAGAUGCCUCCUGGACCUCACAAGGUGGAGGACUACAAGAUUGCACCACCACCCCGAGCGGCCAUGAAGGAGAACAUGGAGGCUCUUAUCCACCACUUCCUGCUCUUCACCAAGGGUUACACCGUGCCGCCCGGUGACACUUACACCUGCAUUGAAGCCCCCAAGGGCGAGAUGGGUGUGUACCUGGUCAGUGACGGCAGUGAGCGUCCAUACCGAUGCAAAGUACGAGCUCCAGGCUUUGCGCACUUGAGUUGUUUCGACCAGAUCAGCCGUGGUCAUCUUUUAGCUGAUGCAGUCGCCAUCAUUGGAACGAUGGAUCUUGUCUUUGGAGAAAUCGACCGGUAGAGAAUGUUUCCGGUAGAGAAUGUUGAUCUGUUAGAAGAACAAUCAUGGGAGCUCAAAAACAUGCAGUACUCUUGGACCUGUAGAGACCUCAAGACAUGAUGUGUCGAGUUCGCACCUACCAAGUCUCAAAAGCAUGCAUUGCAAGCAUACGUUGCCAGCUACGUGGUGACCUAUGGGGAUCCCCCUAGCAACGAUGAUAGAUAGUGGCUUACAGUAUCAUCAAGCAAUUGCAAAGAAUGAAGGGUUUGUGUGAUUUGGGAGUUUGUCUCACUAUGGUGCGUAAAGUGACAGAGAACGAGGCUAUGACCCCUAGUUCGGUAAGGCUGUUUCCGGGAAAAAAGGCACCGUCUGACAGGGAGUGCAACCACGAUACAAAUACAUGGUUACCAAGUUCGCGACAGCGCGUGCCUUCACCGUAAGCCAGUACGAGUAGAUCGUGAAGCCGAUGCGCUCCCUCC